AUGACGACGGAGGACGCGACGCCUCCGCAAUCACCACAUGAUCAUCUGGAUCUGCCGUUUGCUGACAGAAAAGCUCUCCGAUCUUCCCUUAUAAAACAUGUUGGUCGACAAAAAUCACCCGCCCGUAAAACAGUAUCAUUCUCGUCGAAGAAUAACGACAAAAAAAUUUCGAAUGUGAGUGAUUGUUGGCAUCAUAUGCAAAAUGGCAGCGAAUUUAUUAAGCUUCGAGGAUCAAACCGACAUUUUCGACGAUUUUUCAGCCUUGAUGUUGACUUUUCCCAUAUUCGGUGGACUCCAACCAAUAAGAAGCCACAUAAAGCCAGAAUAGCUAUCGAAGACAUCCGAGAAGUUCGAAUUGGAAAGAAUACAGAGCAAUUGCGUCUAAGCGAUUCUAAUUUUGGUGAUCUUCAGGAAGAAUGUCUGUUUUCUGUUAUCUAUGGGGAAGACUACGAAACACUGGAUCUCGCUGCAAAUUGUCCGGAUGAUGCGAACAUUUGGGUGACCGGACUCAUGGCUCUUACUUCAACAAAAUACAAUUGCAAACCGACAACAAUCGCGUGGGCGACUCUACGAGAGAGAUGGUUAUGCAACCUUUUUGAUGAGGAGGAUCCAGAUAGAAAAGGAUUCAUAGACGAGAACACCGCCGUUCAACUGAUUCGCCAGAUUAAUCCUUCCUUGGCGCUUACAAGAAUCAAAAAUAAGGUUAAGGAAGCCGGUUGUUCGCUUAACGCUGCCGAACGCGGAAAAAUCCGUAAAGAGGAGUUCGUGGAACUAUACAAAGAGAUUGCUACACGUCCAGAAGUAUACUUUCUCAUGGUACGAUACGCAAACAAGGAUUACAUGACCUGCCAGGAUUUGCGACUUUUCCUCGAAACUGAGCAGGGGAUGGUUGGCGUGACGAGUGAAUUCUGCGAGAAUGUCGUCGAGCAGUACGAACCAUCUCCAGAGGCGAAGGAGAACAACUUUAUGACAGUUGAUGGCUUCACUGCUUUCCUACUUUCGAAGGAUUGCUCGAUCUUUGACCCAUCUCACUCACGUGUUUGGAUGGAUAUGAAGCAGCCAUUUUCUAAGUAUUUCAUUGCAUCAUCUCAUAAGACUUAUCUAAUAGAAGAUCAACAAGGACCUGCUGAUGAGGAUGGAUUGACAAGCGCCUUGAAAAAGAAUUCUAGAAUGAUAGAACUUGACAUAUGGGAUCCUAGCGAGACUAAGGGAGAGAAGGAACCGAUGGUCCAAAAUGGUCUCCUGGCUCUUAGCAAAAUCCCACUUAGCGAAGCACUGAAAGCAAUUCGUCAAUCGGCUUUCGAAAGAUCUAGGUAUCCGUUGAUCUUACGUCUUUCCGUUCACUGCUCAUGUGAGUGGCAAAAAGUUGCCGCUAAAUUGAUCCUAUACCUCCCAACAGCUGAUCCUACUGACUGGAGUAAUGAAAAAGUUAUACCGACUCCUUGGGACUUCCAGCAGAGGAUCCUUAUUAUGGGUAAGCGUCUAUGCUGCUCCUCAGAAGCCGGCGAGGUUUCCGAGGACGAUGAUGGUAUCGCCAGUACUUCUAGAAGAAAAUCGCGACGGAUACGUCUCUGCCGAGAACUUUCGGACUUGGUGCCGCCGUUCUUGCAAAUGAAAACCCUGAAUGACCUCAUGGCAACUGCUCCAAACUCUCAUUCAAUGAAUCCUCGACAGCAUGUAGCGUAUCUGAGCGAGACAACAGCUCUAAGACUCACUCACACCUACGCACAGGAGUUCGCGCAGACCUCUAGGGACUAUGUGGUUUGUGUUUCACCAAAUGUAACGAGAGCGGACUCAUCAAAUUUGAAUCCACAAGAAUUCUGGAAUCAUGGGAUUCAGAUGGUUGGUAUCAACUAUCAAACACCGGGACUUAUGGCUGAUUUGCAGGAAGGCCGAUUCUCCGAGAACGGUGGUUGUGGCUACGUAUUGAAACCAACCGUAAUGAAUGAGGAGCUGUUUGUGGUCGGAGAGAAACUGCCGAACACUCCCCAAAUUCUCCAUUUACGAAUUCUUUCUGGCCAACAGCUGCCACGACCAAGGGGAUCCAAUGCAAAAGGAGACUCAUCGGACCCAUUCGUUGUGAUUGAAAUAUUCGGUCUUCCUGGAGAUUGUGCUGAAGAGCGGACGAAAACAGUCAGGAACGAUGGCCACAACCCAUCGUUUGAUGAGUCGUUCCAAUUUCAAGUGUCGGUUCCGGAAUUGGCUUUGGUCCGAUUUCUUGUGCUUGAUGACGAUUUCAUAGGUGAUGAUUUCAUUGGGCAGUACACAAUUCCAUUGGAUUGCCUGCAGCCCGGAUUUAGACACGUUCCUCUAUUGAGCAGCGAAGGCGAUGUGCUUCCGAAUGCGACACUUUUCGUUCACAUCGCUAUUACCAACAAACGCGGCGGAGGGAAGGCCAAGAAAAGAGGCAUGUCGGUGAAACGGAAAUCCAGUCGUGUCAAUACCGGCAUGAAGCUCGUCGGGAUUAAGACAGUUGAUGAUCAGUUCAAAACGGCGGUCGCGCCACUGUGCGAGUCGAUUGCGAUGCGAAAUAAACUCGAAGCCGCACUGGUGGACUGGCAAGAAGAAUGUGGUCUGGGGCCAGCUGGUACAAUUCGUCAAGGAAUUCGCCUGAUACAUUCCAGGAUGAUGACAUUGGCCGUAAAUUCAACCCCACCAUCAUCUCCUUCGGCCGGAUCGGAAACUAGUCGCAGUCAAGAGGUCGUGCCCUCAUUUGUGAUAGAAAGCGAUGAGAAAAAUUUCCCUGUGAUUAUCGUAACAGGUCAGAUUCCGGAUCAACUCCAGAGAACGUUCCAGAAACUCAAGACACUGAUUUCUCAUUGCGUCGCUACAUUGGGACAUGCUGAUAACCUCCUAACUAAGAUUGAAGAAUCCAUCAAACACAUUUCGGAAAGUCAUGAUGAAUUGGCGCAUCUUUGCUUGGAAAGUGGCCUAAAAGGUCAGAAAGCUACGAGAGCUGCAGAGAAUUUCACUUGGAAUUUGAGACUACUCAAAGCUCAGCUCGGUCUGGUCGCGAAAAGUCAGGACGAGGCUCAGGAUAUAAUUACGCAGGUUUUCGACGUGGGUGGCGUGCUCGGAAUUCUUUCACCAAAGCUCACUCAGCGCAGUGGACGUCGAUUCUCUCGAGUAAUUCAUGACCCCCUCAAAGAUUCCUCCCUCUAA